CAAAAACGUUUUGUUGGCAACUCUACCCAACUUUUUCUGGGCAAUCCACCAAGCGCUCCAUGUGGAUCUUUCCAUCGUGAAGCCGUCCUGCUGGAGACCAAAUUCGUAACAAUGUCAACUGAUAAACUUAUAAGGGCAAUAGCCCAGAGGCCAAAGAACCGACGCUGCUUUGAUUGUGGGGCCUCGGGAAGUUAUUCGGUGGUACCAUCUCUGUCAAUUUUUGUGUGUAUGGACUGCAGCGGCCGGCACAUCAAAUGCGGGCAACGUGCCAAGAAUUUGAGCAUGAGCAAUUUUACGGCCGAGGAGAUCAGCGCUUUGGAUGCGGGUGGUAAUGCGGUCGCUGAAAGCACGUGGCUGGCGAAAUGGAAGCCAGAGAGCGACAUCAGCAGGCCUGUAUCCAGAAACCUCUCCCAGAUAGACGCAUGGAUCCAGGCUGUUUUCUUGGAGAAGCGUUACUACAGCGCUAGCGCCCCUGCGGCAGCCGGGGCGACGCAGCGCGGGCGAGGACACGCAGCGGAGCAGAUUCCUGUGCGACCGCUGUCUGAGGUGUUGGGUGGCGCCCCUGGAGCAGUUAAACUAACGGUGAGCUCCGCGCCCUCCCUAGCCGGCAGCCCCGCAGCGACGUCCCCCGGGGUGCCCGCGACCGCACUCCCCACGUCCCACGCUGUGCCCCCGGCCGCUACGGCCCCGCCACAGCCGCUGCCGUUGCAGCCGCUACAGCCUCGUCCACCCGGGCCGCAACUUGGCUCCACAUCUAAGGAGCAACAGACCAACGUGUUUCCACCCGGCAAAUCCAUCACACAAUUCAGCGCGUUCGCAGCGCCGGCGGCGGCGGCCGCCGCUGCCGCCGCAGCAGCCUCGAACCUGUCGGCGUCCCCCGCCCCACUUGGCUUUACGGAUAAUGCCUUCGUGUCUUCACCGCCGCCGCCGCCGCCACCGCCGUCAUCCGCACCCACCACAUCGACAUCUGGACGGGGUGCAGCGUCGCCACCGUCCACUGUCUCGACCGCCGCUGCGUCGCCCGCCUUUGAUCCCUUUGGAUCCUUCUUCUCCGGACCACCGCCGCCGCCUGCAUCGUCAACAUCGGCGGCGGCUUCCGCCGCAGCGGCGUUGUACCCCCCAGCGCCCCCCGCCGCCGCGUGGCCCGCCGGACCCUCAACUGCCGCCUGGGUUGGCAACCCGGGAACGUCAUCAUCGCCACAGCAGCAACAGCAGCAGCAGCUCCCGUCCACGCCAGCGCUGGCGAAGGCGUCCAUGGGCUGGCCGACCGACAGCAGUAGGGCCGCUGGCUUCAAUGAUGAUGCGGACUGGGGGGCAUUCGCGGGCGCAACGCCCCCGGCGCCGGCUGCCGGCGUAUCGGUGUCCCAGCCCCAGCCCCAGUCCCAGUCCCAGCCUUCGCCAGUGCACGUUUCCCCUGCCGUAUCCCCUCCCACGUCCGCCCCGCAGCACCCCAAUCCCCAGUACCAGCACCAAACCCAACCCCAGCACCAGCACAACCUUGUUGUUCAAGGACUGCCGCGCAUGCAACAGCUGGGUAUCUCGGCCACAACCACCGCAACCACCACAACCACCACAACGGGAGACCGACCGGGAUCCCGCACCGCGAGCGGCGGCGGCGGCGUCCAUCCGCAGGCUCCGCCGUCCCUGCCGCCUCGACGUGCUGAGCUGCCCAGCGCCCUGUUUUCGGAGCCAGUGUUGCCCCAGCCGAUGGGUGUUGGGGUAACGGGUGUUGCGGGAUAUCGUCCGUUGAUGGGGCCGCCGCCUGUCGCGCCCGGCGUGAUGGUGCCGGGCCAGCCGGCUAUGCUGUUCGCGGACCCGGGGAUGCCGGGCGUCGCGCCGUUUACGUUCCCAGGGCAGCCGGGCGCGGGUCUGCCGCAGGGUUUGGGCGUUUCUGCUGCAGGCAUGAUGGCUCCGCCGGGGGUGUUGGCAGCGUUGCCGGGGGUGGGCCUGGCCCCGCAGCCGCAGCCGGUGGGCGCAGUGUAUGCGUACGCGGAUGGCAAGCCAGUUAUUGACGAUGAACUGGAGGACGACCCAUUCGAGGGCUUGGAGCUGGGAGAGGAUGCACCUGAGCCCACGCAGGAGGAAAUGGAUGAAUGGGCGACUUUAGAUACCCCAGAUGAGGAAGCAAGUCCCACCUUGGCCACAAGGAGCAAAACACUCGCCGAGCCUGUUGCGCCCUCAUCGAUUGCUCCGGUAUCUGACGCACCGAAAAGUGCCAAGCCCGAGGAGGAAGCCGUGACUACUGCAGCGGAUACAAACAAGGAAAAGCAAACCGACAAGCCAGGAGAUACUGCCCCAAUUGAUGCAAGCAUUGUUACAACAGCUCAGCCGGAAGCUAAGCCAGAAGUCCUGCUGCCGGCUGCUGAACCACAAGCGGAGGGGGCCACAGCUUUGGCGCCCGUGUCAGUCCCUGCAAAUUUCCCGCGCGCUGCUGAGGUAUCGGAAAUUACGCCUGCGAUAUCCCCAAUACCGCCUCAGCCGACUGAAAAUAAGCGCAGCUUUGUGAGAGAAGAAGAGGUUGAAAAUUUUGAGCAGGAGGAUAAGGAGGGCGAGGGCACACAGCUCCUUCAGGACCAACAGGGCCAUCUGCGGCAGGGCACGGGAGGCGGUUGGGGAGUCGGCUGGGGUAGCGGCUGGGGCCUAGGCGCGCUAGGCGGGAAGCUGCGCGAAGUCGCGGCUGGCGCGGUGCGCGACGUGAAGGACCUCACCGAGACCUUCCAAGCAGCGCUUGCCGACGUGACAGGCGCCGAGGAAGAGGUCGAGGAGGCCCGACGCAUCAGCGCCAUGGACCGCGCAGCAGAGGCCGAGGCCGCCGGCGUUGUCAGCGAUGAUCCUUCUGGCGGAGAGGAGGGUGGGGCUGCAGGCACUGUGUUGCCCACCGACGCACCUCGGCAGGCGGCGGAGCCAGCGCGCGAGGCUGCACUACCGGUUAGAGGUGCUGGCGCUGGCACACGCAGUGGCGCCGCAGACAGCGUUCGUGGGUCGGCGGGGGGCUCCCUGGAGCCGCCUAGUCCCCCUGCGGACCCUGCGCUGGAGGUGGGGCUUCAGGCCAUCGACGCGCAAGUGGAGCAGCUGGCUACGGGUGCGGCUCGCGCCUUCAGCAGCCUCUGGGGCGGACUGAGCAGUGUGGCUAAAGUGGUGGCAGCGGAGGUGGUGGCGAGUGUGGCGGACGUACAGAGCAGUGAGGCGGUGCGCGGGGUGGCGCAAAUUGGCACCAAGCUGGCGCACACUGCGGAGCGAGGCCUGGAGACUGUGGGUCGUACGGCCAUGGUGCUUUUGGAGGAGGUGGCGGGUGUAGGCGGUGGAGGACAUCCCGGCAGGCGGCGCAUUUGGGGCGAGGAUGCGGAUGCGCGUGCUGCUGACAUGGGCCGUGAGCCCUCGUCGUUCCAGGACUUCUUCUACAUCUACGGUGGCGAGCAACUGGCAGAGGAGGUCAACAACCUGUCCAAUGAAUGUUCACACCUGUGCAACAAGUCGCGAUCCAAGCUGGAAGGCGACCAGCAGCAGGCCCUGGACGAGGCGCUCGGCCGCCUGGGACCCUACUUUAACGAUCCAUGGGUCGCCGCCAAGGCGGAGACGGAGAGUGAGGCUGGCAAGGAUGCCGCGGCCGAUGGGAAGCCGGAAGCUGCCGGGCCGGUGGUUCCAGAGCUGGACGACGGCAGCAAGGAGGCGGCGGAGCGCUUGGGCCAGAUGUACGAACCCAUAGGGUAUCUGUGCCAGGACAGCCAGUCGCGUGCGGAGGCCUUCCUACACCAGUUGGUGGAGGCAGUGGCAGCGGCGAAGGAGGCGGAGGCCGCGAGCGCGUCGCGGGCCAGGCGGGAGAGGAGGCAGCCUGGCGAUGGUGACGAGGCGGAAGCGGAGGGCGAAGAUGACGUGGAGGAACGCGAGCUUGCGGCGCUCUUACGGCAGCAGGUUGCUGAGCCAAGGGUGGUUCUUGACAGCUUCCGAGCUCAUUUCACCAAGCGCCUGGCGGAGGUGACGACAGCGCAGCUGCAGCUGAUGCUCAAUCUCGGCGCCAGUCUGGCGGCACCCGCGCGGACCGGCAGGCCCGCCGUGGACGGUAUUGCCUGGCCUGACAGCAGCGACCAGCAGGCAGCGCUGUUGGCAGCGGAGGCGCGCCGCAUGGUGGCUGACCUGCGUGCCAUCAGUGCAGCUUAUGCUGCAACCCUGGACGCGCUGGCGUCGACCAUGACGUCACCCGAGGGCGGUAACUCGGAGGCGGAGGUGAUAACCUCGCCAGCUUUCGAGGGCAAAGAGUUGGACGAGAUGGCGGCGGUGCUGGCAGCUAACUCUCAGUCGGCGGCGGCUACUAUCCAGAGCGGAUACAAGGGGCUGCUUUACGCUGUGCUGCUGCGCGGCCUCGUCACGCAGAUUGCACAGGAGGAGCAGCAACCACAACACGACCAGCAGGAGGGUUUGGACACACAGUCAAUGGAGGGUGGUGACAGAUCGGGGAUGGCCGCGGCACAGGAGUAG